GGCAGUCAAGUGUGUGAAGUUUUCCCGUUUCCUCUAAGUUUGAUUAAUUUUUCCAGAGAGAUGGAUGAAGCUGACCGCAGGAAAGAAGCUCACUUGGCAAGAAAAAUUGAACUUGAAAGACAGCGUGAAGAAAUUCUUCGUGAAAGGGAGAGACUUCUUUCUCUGAAGAGUGAAAUUGGUGCAACAGAUACGAACUCUUCAAGAAAUAGCUCAACGCGUUCGUCUACAUUGAGUGUACAGAUUAAGAAAACGAAAAACAAAAUUCCAGAGUUUGAAAGAAAAGUUCAAACGCUUAGAAAGGAAAACCAAGCUAGAACUGAUUUAUUGAGAAAACCUUACGAUGGAGAAAUGGGAAUCGGUACGUACGAAUCCUGGCAGUUGGAGGAUUUCUAUUUCGUUCGUGAGUUUGUACGAUCAUGGGUCGACGAGGUUUUGGAUUUUAUCGUUCCAGAACGCCCACGAGUAAAACCUGACUAUGAUACCCUAGGUACUGCUGAAGGGUUUUUCGAAGAACUUGAUGUUGAAAGAAAACACGAUGAAAUUCUUCAGGUGAGCCUCGACAUUGAACAGGGCAUUUUGACAGAUGUCAUUUACCAGAUUGCCAAGGAAACAGCUGCUGAAUUGGUGGCUUUUGAGGUUCAAACUAGGACCAUGCUAGAUAGAAUUAUACUGGAUUCUUUUGAUCCUCGCUCUCAAUCAGCUGAUCAGAGAAAGAUUUCCCUACUGAACAAUGCUUUGUCUCAGUUCAAAAAGGAAGCCCUGAAGAAAAGAGAGGUUUGGUCUCACAGUCAAUCAUUUCACAGAGAUGAGAAUGUAAAUGAUACUUCUGUGAUAGUUGAUGAAGAAGAAGAUACUUUUGAUGGAACUGUGCUACAUUUUCAUGACAUCACACCUUUCAGUGAUGUACCUGAUGCUAAUCUCCCUCCAGAGCAAGUUGACUUUCAAAAUAAAGAAUCAGAGUUUUGGAUGGGGAACACUGUUGACCUGUGCACACUGCCUUUACCAAGACGUUAUAGAGGUGUCUCUUGUACUGCAUUGUCUCCUGAUAACAGCCUUAUUGCUCUGGGAACAGUUCAAGGAGACAUUGUGAUCUGGGAUUUAGCUACCUUUCCACCACGCAUAUUGAGAAGCAGCCGUGGUAAUAACUCUGCUGUUGUUCAACUUCACUGGAGUUUUGACUCUUCACAAGUGGUUAGUCUAAAUGAUUAUGGUGCCAUCACACUAUGGUCACUUGGCAACACAAUAUCCAUACCUUACGAAGUGAAAUCAUUUGAGCCUUUGGAGGUUAAUAUUGGUUUUAAACCUUCUGCUCUAAUUCCAUUGUUGACUCUAGAGCGAAGAGACUUUCUGUUCACAAAAGGACCAUUUUCAGAUUCCAGAGAUUUAUCAAGUGAAGCAACAGCAGUAGCUUUUCAUCCUUCAGCAACACUUCUGGGAAGGCAAGCAUUUUUGAUGGUGGGGUUCAGUAAUGGGAACAUUUUGAAGCUUAGAUUCAACAAAAUGGUGUCAAUCAUGUCCUUUCCGCAGGUUCAACCAGCCAAUGGUAUAACACAUAAGAUUGGUAAAGAUGUUGAUGCUGAACUAUUUAAAGAACAUUGUCACAAGAUUGUGCUUAUAACAUUUGUGAACAACAUUUCACCUAUGGUAACUGUUGAUGAAAAAGGAUUUAUCAACAUAUGGGAAUACUCCAGUGAAUGCUUAACUGGAUUUGGCUGGUUUGUUCCCAGCACUAAGUACAGGCUGAACAUGGUGGAGAUGACAUACGAGCCUGUUCUUGGAACACAGGAGAAAGUAGAAUUCACAGAUGAAGUGAAAGGUCCAAAGCAUAAACACCAUCAUUUGAGGCAGAAAAUGGUUCAAAAUCGUAUAAAGACACAGAGUUACAUCAAUUCUCUUCGUCUGGGAAAACCAUGGCAGACUCAAGAGAAGGACAACAAGGUUACCAAAAUAUUUGCACCAAAAAAUGUUCCUGAAUCAGGAUCAACUUUCCACCAUGUGACUUAUUAUCGGAGGUCAGGCCAGUUGGCAUCUUAUGUCACCAAGGUUUACAAGCCAUUGCAAAUUCCAUGUUCAAAGUUCAUCUUAUCCAAACAAAACUUUGCAGGCACCAGACUUGUGUUCAUGCUUCUGUUUCCAGUGGCAGAACCAAAGGAAGCCCAUGUUUCUCUGGUUAUCAUCAAUCUUGAACCAACAGUGUCUGUUAGUAAGAAUUACAUGCACAUUGCUCUGGACAAAGAUGAUUAUGAAAGAUGUCUUUCUGGAAGUACCUGCUCUUUUGGAAUCUCUCAUGCUAUAGAUGCCACAGGAAGUGAGUACAUUGUGGCAAAUGUGAAUGGAAAUUUAUCUGCAGUUUCCAUGACAACAGGAAAUGAAGUUAUGGCAGAAACUCAGGAGGGAUGGGUGGGUUGCCAUCUCAGUCUCAAGAAAGGUCAAGUACCUCCAACUUCCAAGGUAGAAGUUGCUAGCACAUCCAAAGGUCUCCAAGUGUUGUUGUAUACCCACACACUAAAUUCUGCAGUUUUACUGCAGGUGAGAGAUGAGAACACCCAAGAGCAACGUAAACAAACAUGGAUUGCUUUCCAGCAGUGGAUACAUGUUGGCGCUAAGAAUACUGAAUGUGUUCCAGUCACUUUGCACACAAUAAGGAAACAUGAUUGGACCUUUGAGGGACACUCAGAUGUGCACAUUCAGUGUUUCAUGGAGUCUUUGGUUCUUGACUUGAUUGAUGACGCAGUCCAAAUAGCUGAGGGUUCAUUUACCAGUGAACAACAACAAAGGCUUCAUGCUGAAAACUUUCAGAUUCCAUUCUUGAGAAAGAGUUUUCAGGAAACACCACAAGAUGCUGACCAAGGGAACAUGUCUUCCUGGCAUGACAGGCAGUCAGUGGUGUCAACACUGUGGGAAUAGACUCAGUUUUAAUAGCUGAAAUUUAGAUGUAGGAAGUAGUUUUGUAAUAUUCUUGCCAUAAUUCGCAUAUGGAUAAAUCUUGAUUUCCUAAGUUUUGAUCCGCAUGUACAAUCUGAAGCAAUUUGGUUGCAUCCAACUUGUCAGAGUGACUCAUUUUACGAUUUACAUGUACAUGAAAAAUGUAUAUGAAUCUCAUUUACUACAAAGACUGCUGUGGCUGGUGCUGUAGAAUUUUCAGACAUAAUGAGUCCAGCAAAUGAAACCAUACCUGUUUUUUCAUAAA